AUGGAUGGAGUCUCAGCUUAUAACUAUAUACGAAGUAAGUUUGUAGAUCUUAGAGAAACAAGAUCUUUAAUCAAGAAAUAUGGACUGAAAAUCAAAUAUGGAUUCCUUUCAGACGAGGAAGCUGCGACUGUUAGAGGAGCUGUGGAAAAGUUCCUUUCGGAAAGACACUUGGCAAUGAACGAUCUAAAAAGACACUUAGUGGAAGACACAGAGUUUCCAAUACAUGAUCUAAUUUACGAAUGCACCCAAGUCUGUGAGCUUAGAACAUACAAGUCCAUGCACACUCACUUGUCUUAUAUGUAUCAUCCUUAUAUCCGUACCAUCUGGAAUUUAGACGAAGAAAUACAAUUGCUAGAUCUUGUAAAUCAAAAAGGAUUUAAGUGGAAAGAGAUAAGCUACCAUCUUUCUAAGUACAAAGAUUUGUGCAGACUGAAGUAUUUAGCCUUGAAAGGUGAAAACAGCACCAACUUGACUAAAAGUAAGAUUCAAAGUCUCCUUGCACACAUGCCAGCAACAGACGAAGAAUGGGCGGUUCUAUGCAGUGAGCUUAAUCUUAAUAGGGCCUAUAUUAUCAGAUGCAUUGACAGGUAUUUGAAUGGCAAGGAGUUGGCCCGCCCCGAAAACAAGAUUUUGGAAAUACACCUCUGCCUUCUGAUUUUAAAUAACAACCAUUACUGUAAGUUUAACUGCAAUAUUGAGAAUAUAUUAUCAUUUUUGAACUUAGAUGCGAAAUCAUACGAUAUUGUUGAUAAAAUUGAAAGUAGUUCAACACCCUUUGUUUCUCAGAAAGGUCGAAGGGCAGGUUCCGUUCUUGUCGAUGGUCUUUGUAGAAGACCGCAUGAAAAUGCAUCCAUAGAUACUGGACAAACAUAUCCAGAGGAUGACUUUGAAGUGCUUUUGGAAAAUAUUAAGAAAGCAAGUGCUGAAAAUCGCAGCCAGACAAGAUUCUUAAACAGAUUUUUAGACUUUUUCAGAAUUCAACCAGGUUUUAAUCUUGAUAUUGCCAUUAAUAAGGAUGAUAUUUUCUGGUACAACGUCACAAAGGAGAUUAACGUUGAAAAGAGCGUGGCAUUAUCAAGGUUUAACCAGCUAGGUAGGGUGUAUAAGUGGAAAACUUUCAAAGACGUCUACGACACUAUUGCCAAAAUGUCAUAUGAUUACGUGGUUACCAGGAUUAAGCAAAGUCUAAUAGAAAAGAACUCAGAAGACAAUGCUAGGGAUAAGAACGACACCACUACGAAAGCCAUAGAAAAAUCGGAGAGCUCUGAGCUAAUGCUUGAAAAGAAUGUUAAAAGCAAAGAUGCAAAAGAGAGCGAGAAUAUCCUGGAAAACCCUAAAAGUUCAGAAUUGAGACAUCAAGCCAAUCGUGGAUGUGAAAAUCUUGAGAAUCAACGGACAGACAGUGAAGCCAGCUUAACCAUGGAAGAGAUAAAAAAGAUUAGGACCAAAUCAAAGCAAAUCUUCUCACGACAGUGGCGGGAAUGCAUCAAACAAUGA